AUGACUUCUAAUCAAAUAAACACUAGUGUAAAACAACAAAAUAAAUACCAAAUAUAUAAAAAUUAUCAAGUUUAUCAAGAAUCAAUAUUGAUUAAAUUGCUUUUACCUUAUUGUGAUAUUGUUUUUGGAAAACCUUCUAAAAAAACUACAACAACCUUACAAUUCCUUAAUAUUAAAGAAUUAAAAUUUAAAAAUUAUUCUAUCAAUAUUACUGAAUAUAUUGAAAGAAGAUGUAAGGAAAUAAUUGAAAUGGAACGAAGAAAAGGUGUUAAAGAAAAAACAUCUCUUCGUAGAUAUGAAAAUAAUAAAUUUACUGAGUGUCUUCAUUUAUUAAUGGACAUUCUCAGUGAAUUUGGUUAUUUUUUUAAUACAACAAAAUCUCAAGGAAAGAAUGGUAUUGCUAAAAGUGAAACAAUUCAACAAAUAUUUUAUAAAGGAUUUUUUAUGUUUAGUAGAGAACAAGUGGAACUUUUUGGUAAGAAUUAUCAUAAUUCUCUUAUUCAAUCAAUUAAUGAAAAUUCAAACCUUGUUAUCACCAAUAAUUCUCUUUGGUUUCAUUAA